CAGCUUAUCUAUGUAUACUAUGUUCAUUGAAACACAUGCUUUUAUCCCUUUCUUCAUGCUGCAUUUUUGGGACUGGUUAUCUUUUUGCCACCUGUUUUAGGACUUCCUGUGGACUCUGUCAGACACGAUCGGCUGAGAAGCAGGCACGUCUGUGGGAAGAAGGAAGAGGAAGAACUCAUCUGGACGAGUUUAACAGGGAACGGCAAUGGCAACGCGUGAAGAUCUUUGGAAAACUCUGCAGAAGCUGAAAGUUCAAGAGUUCAAGGAGUUCAAGUGGUUCCUGAAGGAUAAUGUCCUCCCUGACUUCCCGGCCAUCCCUGCUGUCCGCCUGGAGAUGGCAGACAGGCAGGACACGGUGGACCUGAUGGAGCAGCAGUAUGGCAGCCAUGGAGCUCUGAAGAUCACCAUCACGGUUCUACAGAAGAUCCAAAGGAACGAUCUGGUGCAGAGUCUGUUGGACAUCAGUUCAAGGCCCAAAGACCUGCGGAGCCGAGACCCUGCACCUCGCAGUAGUCCUCAUGGAAGAAAGAAGGCCAAGCUGGUGGAGGCCAAGGCUCAAAUGGAUCUGAUGAUCCAGGAAAGACGGAUGAAGAUCUUGGAAAUCAAUCGCUCAGCAGAGUCCAACAGUAAAUCAGCAGAGAGACACAUCGCAGACAGUCGGCAGGUCUUCGCUGUUUUGCAGCAGGCUGUCGACAGAAGUCUGGCUAGUCUCAUCAAGGCCAUCGAAGAAAAGCGGGAAACGAUGCGGAAAGCUGCCCAAGGAAUCAUCCAAGAGCUUGAACGGGAAAUCUCUGAGCUGACGAAGAGAAGCGCUGAGGUGGAGCGGCUCUCGGACACAGAAGACCACCCCGACUUCCUGCAAAACUUCUCCUCUCUGAAUAUUCCUCCAGCCACAAAGAGCUGGACAGAAGUCAGUGUCCCUCUGCCCUCAUAUGGGGGAAGUGUGGGUGCAGCUGUGAAUCAGCUGGAGGAAUUAUUCAAGAAAGAGAAGGAGAAGUUGAUAGCUAAGGCCAAGCUCAGAAGAGUCCAGCAGUUUGCAAAGGAUGUGACUCUCGAUCCCGACACUGCAAAUCGCUAUUUAAUUUUGUCUGAUGAUGGGAAAAAAGUCUACUGCGGUGACGUAGAAGGAAACCUUCCAGACAACCCAGAGAGAUUCAACCCUGCUAUAAAUGUCUUAGCAAAGCAGAGUUUCUCUUCAGGGAGAUUUUACUACGAGGUUGAAGUCAAAGGGAAAACUUCCUGGGAUUUAGGUGUCGUCAAAGAGUCGAUCGUCAGAAAAGGACGGAUAAAACCGAGCCCAGAGACCGGGUACUGGACACUAUGUGUGAGGACUACAGACAAAAACAAAACUGUCUCUAAUCAUGUGAAAAGUCAGUCGGAGAAGGUGGGCGUGUUUGUGGAUUAUGAGGAGGGUUCAGUCUCUUUUUUUGAUGUGGAUUCUGCACACCUUCUUCACAGCUUUACUAACUGUUCCUUCACUGAGAAACUCUACCCGUUCUUCAGCCCGGGUCUUCGUUAUGAUGGUAAAAACUCGAAACCUUUGACCAUCUCUGCUGUCAAUUACACUGACUAGAUUUAAUCAGUCAUCCAUUCAAAGUUGAUUCUGUAAAUUAAGGAAAAUCACAAAUUAAAAUCAUCAACAAUGGAGGAGAAGAGGGACAUAGCCAGAAACAGUACGAACAUGUAUGGGGUUUGGUUGUAGUACCUCAUUGUGCCACUAGAUGACACCAUUUACUUUUUGAUUAUAGAGUUGUGUGCUGCCUUUCUCUGCAUCCUGCAUGAUCAAUAUGAUGAGCACUUUACAAUAAAGU